CCCCCCCCCAGAGAGAUGAAGACCCAGCAGCAGCAGCUCCACGUGGCCACCCCCCUGAGACAAAGCCCGGCCCUCAGCAAAGCAGCCGGCACGUCCGUUUACCUCAAGCUGGACUCGUCUCAGCCAACGGGGUCCUUCAAGAUCCGGGGCAUCGGACACCUCUGCAAAACCUGGGCGGAGCGAGGAUGCGAGCGCUUCGUCUGCUGUUCAGGAGGAAACGCCGGCAUGGCGGCAGCGUACUCGGCCCGCGAGCUCGGCGUCCCCGCGACCAUCGUUGUUCCAGGUGUUACACCGAGCCCGACGGUGGACAGGCUGAGGGACGAGGGCGCCAAGGUCAUCGUCCACGGCAAGUCUCUGGAUGAAAGCAUCGCGUAUGGACAGCAGCUCGUAGCGAACAACCCCGGCUGGAUCUUCAUCUCUCCCUUCGACGACCCGCUCAUCUGCCCGUCCUGUGUUCUCCCCUCAGACGACGAGAAGGUGCUGGUGGAGCCGGCGUGCGGCGCCGCCCUGGCCGCCGUGUACAGCGGCGUGGUGCGGCGGCUGCAGGCGGAGGGGAAGCUGGUGCCGCGCCUGGGCCCCGUGGUGGUGGUGGUGUGCGGAGGAAACAACAUCAGCUUGGAGCAGCUGAGGAGGCUGAAGAAACAGCUGGGCGUCGUCUAGCGGGACCACGUC